AUGCCGGAACCCUCUCCAGAGAUGAAGUUGCCGAAGACACGAGGGUAUCAACAGGAGAUGUUGGACGAGAGUCUUAACAAUAAUAUUGUCAUUGCUUUGGACACGGGCGCUGGGAAGACACAUAUCGCAGUGCUGAGGAUGAGGCAUGAGGUUGAGAAGGAGACAACUAAGGUCUGCUGGUUCCUCACUCCAACAGUCGCACUAUGCUACCAACAACGUUCCGUCAUCCAAUCGCAUCUCCAUGUGCCAGUCGCCAUGAUAUCCGGCGCGCUCGAACCAGACCAAUGGAAAGACCCCAACCUCUGGUCUCGUACCCUCGCCACGCAUCGCAUCGUCGUCUCCACCCAUGAUGUCCUUCUCAAUGCGCUUCGUCACGGUUAUAUUCAUCUGGGACGGCACAUCAGCCUAGUCGUUUUCGACGAGGCUCACCACGCGGCAGACAAACAUCCCUACAACCGCAUCAUGCAAGAGUUUUAUUUCGAGUUGCCGAAGGUAGAUCGUGGGGAUGGGAACGUACGCCCGCGGGUACUAGGGCUGACAGCGAGUCCGGUCUUUGGUGGAGAUAUCGAGAGAGCGUUCUUAAAACUGGAAGCGAACUUGGACUGCACCAUACGUGCCCCAGUUGCAAACCGAUCGGAACUCGCGACCCACGUCCAUCGACCCGAAUUCAAACAUGUCAUAUACGAAGAACCGGAAUACAUGAUGGGCUACGGCGAAGCUCCUUCAGCUAGCGUUGUCUCGCUCCAGAGUGUCGUUGAAUCCCUGGACAUCCGCCAAGACCCAUACGUGCUCGGUCUCCAGGCCGAACUAGCACGCUUGCCUCCGGGACCCGAUCGGUCACGCACUGACCAAAGACUAUCGAAAACGAUCAACAGGCAAGACUCGUACACGCACAAGGGGAUGCGCGAUUUCUUCAGGGCAGCCGAUGAGAUUUGUUCGGAUCUGGGAGCGUGGGCGGCGGAUUGGUACGUUCAGACGGUGCUGGAACAAGCCUGGGACACGAUGAAGGGCCCAGUUCCGGAGUUCGCUGGCGCUUUGAAUAAUAGGGAGAAGCAGUACCUUAUGGGUGCGUUAUCGAGGGUGCAGGCCACACCGGUGUCUUACGAUCCGGAGGAAAUCGUACGGAGGAGCUCAGACAAGGUGAAAAAGCUGAUUGAGACGCUGUUACACGAGAAGGAGGUCUUCGAGAGUUACGAUGAGGAGUACCAUGGACUCAUUUUCGUCACCCGUCGAGACGCCGUUAUAGCGCUUUCGGAGAUUUUGGAGAAUCAUCCGGAGACAAAGGACGUAUUUCGUACUGGUGCGCUGCUAGGGAUGUCGGAGAAUUCUGCUCGGAAGGCCUUCCUCGAUAUCACUCGAAACAUGCUCAAGCAGUCCAACGAGGAUACGCUGCGAGACUUCAAGGUCGGGGACCUGAACCUCAUCGUUGCUACUGCCGUCGCCGAAGAGGGGUUGGACGUCCAGGCUUGCAAUAACGUCGUUCGCUGGGACCCGCCGAUGAAUAUGGUCAGUUGGGCGCAGAGUAGAGGUCGGGCGAGGAGACAGCGGAGCUCAUUCGUGCUCAUGUUUUCGACCGCCUCUGUGCAUGCGAAGGAUGUCCAAGGGUGGGAGUAUCUGGAGCAAGAGAUGGUGAGGAUGUAUAAUAUGGAGCGACAACGUCGGGAAGAGGACGAGGCUGGAGAAGAAGACGAAGAAGACGGGAACGAGGAAUACGUCAAGCCCCUGUACAACGAGAAAACCGGGGCAAAAAUCACCCUCGAUUCGGCCAUCACUCAUCUCAAUCAUUUCUGUGCAAUUCUUCCUGGCGGCGGCGGUCUAGGAUCUCAUUCUCCUAUUUACGAUAUCAAUCCGCCUGAAUUCCCUUCCGAAUGGCAUGCCCAACCAAUCGCACUCCUGCCAUAUGCCGGUCCUUUCGGCGCCACAGUCACUCUCCCGAAGCUCCUCGACCGUCGUUUUCGUGUCUUCUCGACUCCAGUCAUCCACGGGCGAAAAUCAUACGCCCGCCGUCGCGUCGCAUUCGAGGCGUACAAGGCUCUCCACGAUGCAGGUUUAUUAAACGACCACCUGCUACCUCUGAUGAGUGUCCUGGAGCCCGAACUUGAGGACGAAGUGAAGAAGUUGCUAUCCGAGGUCGAUAAACGAGACGGAGUCACUCGAGUCACCAAGCAGCUCGAUCCCUGGAACCUGGAGCCUGGACAAGAACCCGCAUGCUGGUACUCGGCAGAGCUCAUCGUUCACGGUUUGCCGACGCUCAGAAUGUUCACCUUGACAAAAAUUAGCACUCUCAGGGAGGACGAGAUGCCGCUCUUGUAUACCCAUGAUGGAUCAUUAUUCCCCGUUCGUGUUAUACCCAGCGAUACCCGCAUUCUUCCACUGGAUUCUGACAUUGUUCGAGCCCGGGAGUUCACCAAGACGUUUCUCCUUCCGCUUUACGGGAACCGCAUGAACGCUGACGAUGAUAAAUUCGCCUACCUCUUCCUGCCUUCCGACGCGUCUGCUCCAGCCUGGAAAACCCAACUCUGGGCUCAACGGCGCGCAACUUGCGAGAGCGAACCAAAGCCAUAUGGCUUCAAUUUUCCCCUGCUCGCUCACGCAGAUUGGUUUGGUAAACACUACGAUUACCCACACGAUAUCGGCAUGGUCGGCGAAAUGCGCAAAUACGGUCGUGCCCAUCGUUUCCUGAGAUGGAAAAUGUCGCGGGUGACCGAAGAAGAAGCGGAGGAGCUCACUUUACGCUACGCUCCUGAGGGCGGAGAGCUGGAGAUCACGUAUCCUUUGAUCGUAGCGAAAGCUCUACCCUCGAGGGUCAACUUCCUGGCCCCUCUCCCAGAAGACUCGAAGGGCGCCGCCGCCGCUAGCCAACGCUCCAUCUUACUGCUUCCCGAAUUCUCGACCGUGGCGCUCACCUCAUUCGUGGAGACGCAGUAUGCCCUUUGGAUGCCAUCUAUACUCCGGUAUCUCUCCAUUACCAUGACUGUUUGUGCCAUGCGAGACGAUCUCCUUUUGGGCUCACCGCGACUUUCCGCCAUUCCGUUGAAACUUCUUACCACAGCCGUAACGUCCGGGGUCGCUCAGAUGGGUAUGAACUAUCAGCGGUUGGAGACCCUCGGAGACACCGUGCUCAAGUUCGUCACCUCAUUGAACCUUCUCAGCGAGUACCCGUUCUGGCACGAAGGAUACCUUGCGAGGAGAAAAGACCACGCUGUAUCGAACGCUCAACUUGCGAAGGCUGCGUACGAGAAGAAGCUGUUCAAAUACAUCAUUCGUGACAUGUUCGCUCCACGAAAGUGGAGGCCUACCUAUAUCGGCGGGGCGAAGGUCGAGCCUCCGUCCGAUGCGAAGGCUGAGGACCCGGAGGACAUGGCCCCGACUGUGGUCAAACGGCCGCAGAAAGGACCGUCGGAGGCAAAGAAGAAGCAGAGGGCGAAAGCUCAAGGAGAGAUAUCGACGAAGGUCCUGGCCGAUGUUGUUGAAGCUCUCAUCGGUGCGGCAUAUAUCCAUGGGAGCUUCGAUCUCGCCGUCGAAUGUAUCAAAGUCUUCGGUCUUGGUCUUUCAUGUGAAUGGCUUCCCAUUGCCGCCCGUAUCGAACCCAUGCUAUCCCGCGUCAUUGAACUCGAAUUCUUUCCGACCCAGCUUUCCGCCGUCGAGAACAUCCUUGGAUAUACGUUCGAGAGGAAGGCACUAUUGGUGGAAGCGUUAACGCAUGCGAGCUACCAAACGGACCUAGGCACGAUCUCGUAUGAGAGGAUGGAGUUCCUCGGCGAUGCCGUCCUCGACAUGCUCGUCACAGAUUACCUCUAUCAUGCUCCCGGAAAGGACUAUAAGCCCGCUGAGCUUCACCUUCGGAAGACCGCAGUCGUCAAUGGCCACUUCCUCGGCUUCAUAUGCUUACGAGCAUCGACGUUCAUAUCGACCGAGAUGCCAACGAAGGUCAACAAUCCGAACAGUCGCAGACGAGGGAACGCGUUUUUGAUCCAGCUAGAGCAGCAACAGGAGCGUCUAUACCUUUCGAAAUGCCUUCUCCAUUCCAACUCGAAGGUCCUCGAGUUGCAGAGUAAUGCGUUCGCGCGGUUCGAGAAGACAGAUGGCGGAGAACAUAUCGAGCGGUCUUUACUAGAAGACCCCAUAUUCCCUUGGGCAGCACUCACCUGGCUCGAAGCACCCAAAUUCCUCAGCGACAUGGUGGAGAGUCUGAUCGGAGCUAUCUUCCUGGACAGCAAGGGCAACUGGGACGUUGUCCGUGACGUUCUUCGCCUGCUGGGAAUCUGGGAAGUAUUGGAGAGGAUCGUACGAGACGAUGUGGAGGUGAAGCAUCCCGUGUCCAGGUUGGCGGAGUGGGCUGCGAAGCAAGAGAAAGAGACGGGUAUUGAGACGGAAGUGAAGUACGUGAUCGAGCAGGGAAACGGGAGGAUCUCGUGUCGGGUGUUGGUCAAUGACAUGGAAAUGGCGUCGAAGGAUGAGGUAUGGCGAGGGAAGAUUAGUCGGGAGAAUGUGAGGUUCUCUGCGGCAGAAGAGACGAUUGAGGCGCUAAGACUGGAUGAGUUGGAGCGGAAGCAGGUCGAGGCAGAUCUUGAGGCUGAGGAUGUCGCUCCGGAACCGCCUUUUGAGGACUGAAAUGUCUUUUGGCUCUCUUGUGUACGCAGGAACGUCGAAUUGCUUCAUGUAUUCUACAGGUAUAUAUCUUCAUAACGUGGAUGGAAUGUACAUGUAUUGCCGACAAAUGUCCCAGCGAU